AUACCUUGGCACCUUACUAAUUACUAUGAGUCUACUACAUAGUAACACCAGCUUUGAAACCAGUGAUCAAGAGAGUGGCUGCUGUGCAGCUAUGGCCAGCGCCUGCAGCUCUGGAGCCAAAGAGGAGAGCGUUGUGGGCAGUGUCAGCAACGGGACUAGUGGGACACUUUCCAACUCUUUCGUAGAAGACAUUCAGGGCUACGACGUGGAGUUUGACCCCCCGCUGGAAAGUAAAUACGAAUGUCCUAUUUGUUUAAUGGCUCUGCGAGAAGCAGUACAGACGCGAUGUGGACACCGUUUCUGCAAAGCUUGCAUUGUCAAAUCCAUCAGAGAUGCUGGUCAGAAAUGUCCAAUAGACAAUGAAAUCUUACUAGAAAAUCAGCUGUUUCCUGACAAUUUUGCCAAACGUGAAAUUCUCUCAUUGACAGUGAAAUGUCCUAACAAUGGCUGUGAUCAGAAGAUGGAACUAAGGCAACUAGAGGACCAUCAGCUGCAUUGUGGCUUUGCUUCUGAGGAAUGUCCUCAGUGCCACGGCUGUUUCCGAAAGAAUCAGCUACAAGAACACAUCAUGCUAGAAUGUCCAAGACGGCAAGUCACUUGUCCCAACUGUGUCAUGAGUAUGGCAUAUGAAGAUAAAGAGUUUCAUGAUCAGAAGUGCCCCUUGGCAAGUGUUUUCUGUGAAUACUGCGAUACAGAACUAAUCAGAGAGCAGUUGGUUAACCACUAUAACAAUGACUGCCCUACUGCUCCAGUACCGUGUACUUACAGUGCCUUUGGAUGUCCAGAAAAAAUGCAGAGGAAUGAGUUGGCACGCCAUAUUCAAGAGUUCACUCCGGUUCAUAUGAGAAUGAUGGCUCAGGCGCUCCAAGGCAUCAUUGUUUCUACCCCAUCUCCCAUGUCUUUCGUUGGAGAAGUACCUUUUGACCCAUCACUUUUCCCUCCAACCCAAUGUGAAUGUAGUUUCGAAGUCCAGAACUUCAAGGAGACCAUUCAGCAACUGGAAGGUCGCUUGGUAAGACAAGAUCACCAGAUCCGAGAACUGAUUGCUAAGAUGGAGACACAGAGCACGCACAUGGUGAAUCUCAAGCGCACAAUUCGAAAUCUGGAAGAAAAAAUUACUGAAAUGGAAGCACGGCAGUGUAAUGGUAUUUUCAUCUGGAAGAUUGAGAACUUCAGCAUGUAUCUAAAAGCCCAAGAAGAAGAGAAGCCUGUUGUUAUGCACAGCCCAGGCUUCUACACAGGGAAACCUGGCUAUAAGCUUUGUCUGCGGUUGCAUAUUCAGUCGCCGAGCGCUCAGCGCUGUGCUAACUAUAUUUCCCUUUUUGUUCACAUUAUGCAAGGAGAACACGACAGCCACCUGCCUUGGCCAUUCCAAGGCACCAUACGGCUUUCCAUUCUGGACCAGUCAGAAGGUUCCCCGAGACAAAACCACGAAGAAGUGAUGGAUACCAAGCCUGAGCUCUUAGCCUUCCAGCGGCCGACAGCCCAUCGCAGCCCAAAGGGGUUUGGAUACGUGACUUUCAUGCAUUUGCAGUCGCUAAAACAAAGAACCUAUGUGAAAGACAAUAUUCUCUUGGUUCGCUGUGAGGUUGUGACACGCUUAGACUUAACCAGUCUCCGAAGAGAGGGUUUUCAGCCUCGUAGUGCUGAUGGGACCGUGUAGUUCAUUGUUCCU